ACUAUAUAAACACAAACAUUGUAUGUGAUUAGGUCAAUCAAAAUGGCCUCCUCUAAGCAUUCAUGUCAAAAACUCUUCAUUUCUUCUCUCAUACUCCUCUCUGUAUCCCUGACGUUUCUAGUCUUCUCUUUCCAGCCAAAACCAGAACAUGAUUUUGAUGAUCACCGCCAAACAGUAGUCCAUCACCAUAAAAAACCUUUGUCGAUCAACACCCAAAAAUCAUUGUUCGAUGAUCUUAUUGAGAGGAAAAUCUUUAGCCAAAGAAUCAAGAUUGGUUUUGUCAACGUUGAUGAAAAUGUCAAACAUGCAUAUGAUCAUAUGCAUGGAGAAGUCGAGACUGUUAACGUGGAUUUCAGGCCUGUAUCCAAGGAGUUAAAAUGGGAGAAUUUCUUCCCGGAGUGGAUUGAUGAAGACGCGAGGUGGCACGAACCAUCAUGCCCAGAGGUCCCGAUGCCUAAGCUAGAGGAUUACCGUGACCUAGACGUUAUUGUGGCUAGGGUUCCUUGUGGUAGUGGAAUGGAAAAGCAAGGGAUUAGGGAUGUGUUUAGGUUGCAAGUGAACCUGGUGGUGGCUAACCUUGUGGUGGCCAAUGGAUUGACCGAGGGUGGUGAUGAUCGGACGGUGUCUGUUAUUUUCAUAGGGUCUUGUGGACCCAUGCAAGAGAUAUUCAGGUGUGAUGAUUUGAUGACUCAUUUAGGUGAGUAUUGGGUGUACAAGCCGGAGUUGAGGAGACUCAGGCAGAAGGUGCAAAUGCCUGUCGGGUCAUGCCAGAUUGCUCCUCUUCACAGAGAGACAGGUAACAGAGAAAUUCAGAGAUAUAAAAUGGCAGAAUAUUCAACAAGAAGAAAACUCAAUGACCACAAAUUGUAUCAUCAAAGGGUUGCCUAUGCAACAGUCCUCCAUUCCUCCGAAGCUUAUGUCUGUGGAGCAAUUGCACUGGCUCAAAGUAUAAUACAGAACAACUCUACUAACGACCUAGUCCUCCUCCACGACUCAUCGUUAAGUCAGAAGUCUCUACAGGGUCUCAGAGAUGCCGGAUGGAAGACAAAGCAGAUACAGCCUAUCCGAAGCCCCUUUGCUCGGAAAAACGCUUACAAUGAAUGGAACUAUAGCAAACUCAGACUCUGGCAACUCACAGAUUAUGACAAGGUCAUUUUCAUAGAUGCUGAUCUUAUAAUCCUCAAAAACAUCGAAAAAUUCUUUGCUUACCCGCAAUUGUCAGCAGCUCCAAAUGACAAGGUGUUAUUCAACUCGGGGAUCAUGGUGAUUGAGCCAUCAACGUGCUUGUUCGAAGACAUGAUGUCAAAGAGUAGGAGGUUGAUGUCAUACAAUGGAGGUGAUCAAGGUUUUCUUAACGAGGUCUUUACAUGGUGGCAUCGGUUGCCCGUAAAACUGAAUUAUCUCAAGAUUUUCAAGAGAAAAGACAACCCAAAUCAUGAAAUGGAGAAGGGCACCUACACAAUCCAUUUCCUGGGGUUAAAGCCAUGGGCAUGCUAUAAAGAUUAUGAUUGUAAUUGGGACAUGGCGAAUCGCCAUAUUUUUGCUAGUGACUCGGCUCACAAGAGGUGGUGGAGGGUUUAUGAUGCCAUGCCAAAGAAAUUGCAGCAAUAUUGUGGACUCACGAAGCAUAUGGAUGCAAGAAUAAAGAAAUGGAGAGGCAAAGCUAAGAAUGCAAACUUGCCGGAUGGUCAUUGGAAGAUUAGUGUCAAAGACCCUAGACAAUACCAUCUCAUCGAUUAGAUUAAAUUAAUUGCUAUAUAUAUUCUUGUAGCAUGCAGUGCUGUGUUGUUUCUGAUUAUAUAAUCAAAAGUGCUCAGAAGUACUAAGAUUUUGACAAGCUCAA